ACUCACCCGCCGCGUCACUGCUGGUGUGGGGGGGGCUCGGAUUUCGCAACAUGUCACAAUAUUUAUGUUUAAAACUGAUGUGUAAUUUAUAUAAGUGUAAUGAAGUUCCAGGACAUUGGGAGAAAAGCUAGAAAAAUGUGAUUUUUCAGGGUUGAAUGCAGUGUGGAUAGUGGAUAUGUCUAGGUUUUGGAUUAUCCAAUGUUUUUAAUAGUCCAUGCCACUUCUUCCCUCUGUUACCAUAGAUAAUUGAAAGAUCACUGUGUUAGUAAUUCAACAUUCUAGUAUCAAAGAAUUCUAUAUAAGUGACUUUCAAUAAAUAUGAGGGUCAGCAUCUGAUCAUCAUGUGAUUAGGAUUAUGUAUGUUUUGAAUUUGUUGAAAUACCAUCAUCCAUGAGGAUGUUUGUAGCUGUAAAAGUGAUUGAGUCAUGAUUUUUGGCAUGUUGCCUAUCACUCUUUAAAUUCAAGGACAUACAACUGUACAUAUAAGUUGUAGAAAAUGCUGGUCAGCCUAUACUACUGGAAAACCUUUACAGUGAGCAGUGUUUUCAAAUUUCAAUGAAAAGUAACUUUUAGAAAUUUAGUUUUUUAAUUUCUACUCUCACUGCAUGACAUAAAUCAGGUUUUCCUUAUUGUUGGUACUGGAUGUGACUAGUGAAACUGUUUUCUCAAAAAAUGGCGUGUUGUAUAACUUAAAAUGUUAAUCUUGUUGACCUCUGUAAGUUAUGUUUCAGUUGUUUUUCAAGCCAGUGGAUACACUAAUUAAGGCACUAUAUAAACAUGUGAAAAGUUUGAAGUGCUUAUAUUCUCACACCGUUUACUUCAGAAGUAACACUGUUGAGUUUGCGAAGACAUAUCUGGAGGCAGCGAAGACCAAGUUUACAAAAAACUACAAGGGAAUGAACCCAAGCAAAAUUACGACUACAGUGGGAUUGAACAUAGGCAAGAUUGAUAUUGCUGGAAUCCGUCUCAACUUUUGGGAUCUGGGUGGGCAAGAGGAAUUGCAAUCUUUAUGGGAUAAAUAUUAUGCAGAGUCUCAUGCUUUGAUCUAUAUUGUGGAUUCAUCAGACAGGGAUCGUAUACCAGACUCAAAGGAAGCCUUUGAUAAGAUGAUUUCCAGCAACUGUUUGAAUGGAGUUCCACUUCUUGUGUUAGCGAACAAACAAGAUAUUCCAGACUGCAUGGGAGUACGUGAAGUGAAGCCCAUUUUCAAUCAAAGUGCACAUUUGAUUGGCCGAAGAGACUGUAUGGUGAUGCCUGUAUCAGCUCUGACUGGGGAUGGUAUUGAUGAAGGGAUACGAUGGCUUGUGGACUGCAUUAAACGCAACAGUGAAGUCAGGCCACCAAGGAAUCAGGAUGACACUUGAGUCUAACGCAAUUAGAACCUCAUAUUGCAAGGAAUUAAAUUGCUAUUGAAUGCAUCAUUUUAACUUGGAAGAGUGUGACUAUAACAUUAGAGGUUUUUGUAAUAUAAGAAGCUGAUUUACAGUAUGCAAGUAGUAGUUUACAGGUGACUGCCUCACAAUUUGUCACAUUGGUUGUACUUGACAAAAAUGUUUUUUUUUUAAUAAUCUCAUUGGGAGUAAUGUUUGCAACAAAAGCAAAAUACAGGUAAACCUCUAUAUGCGGUUAAUUUGUGCAACGAAUUUACCAUAUAUCUUGAAACUGCUUAUAUUGAAGUUAAAAACCAAUGGGGAAAAUUAUAAUUCAUCAGAAUUAUGAUGGAGCAUUCAUCAGAAGACUUAAUUUUGGCCUUUAAAAUAUGUUUUAACUGUAUACAUUGCUAGAAGUAUAAAGAAUAAUUGAACACAAGUAAGCCAAAAACGUUUAUUAAAGAAAUGAGCUACAAAUUUGGUGAAAAAUCCUAUACAACUUUCUAGAAAAAUAUUUUGUCUAGAAUCAUUUGAACAGAUAUAGUCUUCUUGUUCUCUUCAUACAAUUUACAAUAGCAGCUGAUCAGAUUUUCUAGGGUUCUGAAUUUCUGUGAAUGAUGUUUCAUUUAUAGAGGUGUAUGGGCACUGUUGGUUCUGUACGCACAUCCUUAGCUAUUCCUUUGGUCAGUGAUUUUACAUGGUAAAUCAGUUUGCCAUGGUAUUUUACAAUGCUGCAAGUCAUUCGGUAUCUUAAAGGUCAGAGUUACUAACAGUGUAAUACUGUAUUUAAAUUCAUAUUUUAAUGUCUGUGUAGAUUACAAGAGUAAUAAUAUAUUGGGAGUUUAUGAAUUGUACAAGGCAUCUGCCAGAAUCAGCCAGACAGCGUGAGGUAUUAAAAUGAUGUUCUUGUUAAUGAUUGUAUUUAUUAUAAAUGCAGACAAAUUAUGUCUUUUCUACGCCACCAAACCACCAUUCCAAAUUUUGUUAAUCUGUAAUUUCUGUGAUGGAUAUUGUGUUAUUGCUAAACUACAUAAGAACCUGUGUGUCAUGUAUGAAAAUUACAACACUGAUGAUAGCAACUUCAUGAACUGAAAUGAAUGUUAAAUAUUUCUAAAUCCCUCUGAAUGAUAUUUUUUACGGUACUCUUUACAGGUCCACAGGUGAAAAGAAGAGAACAGAGAGGUAAAGAAUAAUAGUUUGUUCUUUGUUAAACUUUCCCCAGGUACAAACAGUUAAUGAAAAACUAGAAGGCUUUUUUGGAACUAAUAUGAAUCAGUGUAUUUCUAACCAAGAUAAUAACAGUUUAGUGUUGAUUGGAAAAUUACUUUAAUUAUGAUAUGCUUUCCACAUAUUGUAAGAUGCACCCUCUCCCCUAGUAAAUGCUGUAGUGAGAUGAUAACAGCAGUAAUAAGUCUCUCUGUUCUUAAUACAAGUGCAUGCUUAACAGCAUUAGUGCUAUUUCAAUGUUUUUUGGUACUAAUAAGGGUGAUUUGUGUUAAUUUCCCCCCCCUUUUUUUUCUUAAGGAUCUCUGUAUGCUAUUCAUUUCUUAUCACGCAGCAUAUGGAGAAUAUUAACUGGUUCAUGAACACAUAAACAUGGUACUGUGUGGACAAACUUCAUAAUGCGGUAAUGCUAACACUAUAAACAGAAACAACACAUAUUUUGGGUCCAGGAAAGGGAUGGAGUGGAGUGUGAUAUUUGUUUUCGUUAAACAGUAAUAGCUGAGCAGGGGAACAGAUGCUAGCAAUGAUGGCUUUUGUAGGACAUCAUUGAGAAAUCACAUAUCUGUAACUGUCUAUAAAAAAUUAAGCACUUGUUUUAUUAAUAUUCUUAAAAAAAAUUCACUGUUUUGCAAAAAUUAGUGUACCUUUACUGAGCAAAAUUUUUGAAACUAAAAAUGUUUCACUUCUGAAACUGAAGUUAAACAGAUCAUGAAAAGUGAUAUUUCUAAGCAAAAUAAUAUGAUUAUUCCCAAUAAAAGCAACUUCUUC